AUGCAGCUUUCUGCUUCAUUCGUUGUCUCGUUUCUUCUCUUGACAAGCAGCGUCAGUGGACGAGGCAACGGAAUGGUAAAAAUGUGUCUCGAUUAUCCCAACGAGAGUGGUCAUGCUCGGAGUGACCCCAUUGUCGAUCAGCCGCAGUGUCCUUCAAUAAGGCAGGUUCACACCUUUUAUGGACCACAACACCUUCAUCCAAAUACGAGCUAUGAAGAUAUUCGAGAGACUCCUGCCAGAUUCAGUACGACGCCCUUUGUCGCAAAUCAAUCUCUUCAGUGGCACCCAUCCAUUUAUCGGCUCAUUGAGGAUGAUACUGGAGACGAUCAGACCUACCAGUAUACUAGCGUCAGCAACUUGCAAUCCACCCUGAAUUAUCGGUGGGACAGGACAAGCAAUACUACUGCAUCAGAAACGGUUGCAUUCCCACCUGGUUUCCGAAUGAUUGCUCAUUCAUCAUAUGAACCUACCAGAGCUAGCAUGCCUGGCGAAAGUAGUGGCCAGAACAUACAGACAGAAUGUUGCGAUAUGCGCGACGAUGCCAAAGACGACUGUGAGACGUGGAACAAACUUCACUUUCCGACUUUUCCUUGUGGCUGGUUGGACAUUUCCUUUUCCAUGCCAACCUGUUGGAAUGAAGCAUCUUUGGGUGACGACAAUGACCACAAAUCGCACAUGGCGUAUACUCGCAAUGGAGAAAUCAAUGGUCCUUGUCCCUCCGGCUUUACCAAGCGAGUUCCUCACGUGGAACUUGUUGUCCGAAUUGCAAAUUAUCAAGGAGGAACCUACCAGUUGAGCAAUGGAGCAUCUACAAGCUGGCAUGUUGACUUUUUCAAUGGUUGGAAGGAAGGCAAGCUCCAAGAAUUGAUUGAUACUUGCCAACCAGACCAAAAUAUCGACAUUGGAGAGGACCUACCUUGUUCCUGUGCCGAAGAAAAGUUGACCAAGAAUACCGAAAUGGCCGGUGCGGUUUGCGACUCGGAUAUUCGAAGACUUGUCAUGGACGAAGCUAUUCCUGAUAUCGUCACUGGUCGACUUUCGUUUGGGGCUUCUUCUAAUUGUCAAGAAGAUGGUUCCGCCAAGACCAACUUGCUGAUUGCCAAAUCUUGGACCCACCUUCCGGAUGAUAUUAUUCAAUGCACACCGCCUGUUGGUGGAAACUACUCUGGGGAUCGUGAAAAUGAUGGCAAGAAAGGUGACUUUCAUCAACACAGUACGCCCCAUUCCGGUGUGACACGAAACGUAUUGUCGUUGGCUGUCGUCGUAGCCAUUCUGGUGCUUCAAUACUUGUUGGAACACGGAUACUUUGAGAUUGAUUGA